AAUCGCAAAUGCACCUUUGCGUUUGCCUCCGGCUGGACGCACCUCAGGUCUGGCCCAGGGCGAUUCGGUGCGGACAGCUCCGAUUCAUACUGCGUGGCAUGAGAUGAUUUCGCGAUGUUUGGAUCGCGAAGCCGCAAAAAGACCUACAGCAAACGAUCUGCUCGCAAAUGUUGCCUUUUUGCAAGAGGAAUAUUGCAGUAUUCGAACUUCUUUGUGAAAUUAGUUACUGGGCAUUCUCGGUAGAGAAGAACAGCGUCAUACAAUGUCUGUGUUUGAUGCUGAGAUGUUGUCGUUAUGCAUUGAAUCAAGAUGAGCCUGAUGUUUGAGAAUGUUAUCCAGGAUAUGCAUGCAACCUGGAGUUGUGAAAAUGAAAAACAACCUUUAGAUGCAAGCGUUUUGCCCGACGCUGUUUCGGAUCCUGCUAGUCCAGGCUCGCCUUCCAUGCGCGAGUUUGGGUCUUUGCGAGGCGAGGAGGGCAAAGAGAGAAACGGCAACAACCUGGUGAGUGGUUCACUGGCAGCGCAGGAUAGCCGUGAAUUCUUAGGUCCCAACGAAGAGAGGAACGGACCAUCAUACAAUAUCAGACCGGGUCUUGCGGCGGGGGCGGCCUAUGUAAACCGCGAAGUUACAGAGCAGGUCACGGGCGGUCGAGUCCCUGCGAGUGGCUUAGAAGGCCAAUCGGGUGGCGAUAUGGGUAAUGGACGCAGUUCACCACAGCCAGGCGAUCAUUCUGAGUUACAACUUCCUCAAGGCAGCGCCUCCUCACGAGCUUCGCCAGGGCCGCCGCUGCAUCCUCGUGCCGGAAACGUUUCGCAGGGUAGCAGUAAUGGGGGUCGCUCACCCAAGAGUCCAGUUUCGCGCGACCCGCCAGCCUUGCCCGCUUUUCGCUCGUCUUUCGGAGCGCAUAAAGUGAAUAACUUCAUGGCGGAGCCUCUCUCUCCCACGAAUAGUCCGGAGAAGAGAUUAUCGAAUAAGGUGGUCUGGGAUCCGACAACCACGGCGCGGGGUGUGAUGACAGGCAUACCACCGCAACGCCUGUUGUCACCGAAAGCUUCACAGUCGCCUAGGGCGCGCCAGCGUCUGAGUGGUGCUUUGCGCACAGAGUUACCAUUGAGAGAACGCUCUGGCCGCUACCGAGUACGAGAAGAAUAUGACGAGGCGUUUCGACAGAGACUCGUGGAACUACGCGAGAAGGAGGGGAUGGGUGGUAAGCACGCUUUUGAUAGAGAUCUACAGAUGAAGAUUUUGAAAUUUGCAGUUCGUUCAUCUGAAGAAGUGGGUAGAAGAAACUGAUCACAAUCCUCUCCCUCUGAUCCCCAUUCCAUAGGGUGCGCUUAGCAGUUAAGCAUGAUGAAGUGUACUUGGCAUUAAGACGCCCCGUCCUCUUGUACUAAAAUUUGUUAGUGGGAAUUAGUGCUACGCACUACACAGAGUCUACUUCUAUCAGGUCACGAUGCACUCCAAGCAAUGCUAGAAGAGUCAUUGCAAAACGUGUCUCUAGUAUCGAAUGUGGGAAGCCCGCACCUUGGAGAGCCUCCGGAUGCCGAAUUGGAGGCGCGUGUAGGUAUCGCCCUAUGGAAGAGAGGCAUUCGGUAAUGGUUGAGACCUUCCAUGACAAUACGUGGAUUGCAGUACCUCGUUUUUCUGUGUACCUCCCAUGUGCAGAUCAUACUGACACGUGGGAUGAAAAAUGCUGGUUUGGUUCUUCGGCGUUGUGCAUCAACUAGCGUAUCUCUAGUACCAUCACCGGUAGUUGGGCUAUGGCGCAUCUCUAGCCAUGAUGGUAAGUGCCUCAAUCUUCCGAAUAUCGUUCUUCUUGACCUGCGCUUUUUCUUUGAGUCAUUGGUUCUUCUCUACUUUAGUUUCUGUACGC